AUGGGUAAUAGCAUGAGCGAGAAAGAGAUUCAUAAGUUUGAAGGUUGUUGUCCUUUGACUAAGUUUGGAAUUUAUGGAAUUAAAAAAAGUUUCAAUGUUCCGAAUAUGCCAUGUCGUGAAGAUAGUGAUGAACAUUUACAGUUAAAGAAGCAUAUGAUGUACAAACAUAAUUUAUCGAAUGUGGCUUGUAAUAAAAUUAUUUUAUCUCUCAUGGCGGAAAAAUCAUCAAAGACGAAGAAAACAAAACAACAACGCGUUCAAAAUCUACAAUUUCACUCAUGUCAAGAAUUAUUUAGUCACUCAUUGCAUUGGCAUAAAGGCCGAUGUCCAUUUUCAUUUGGAUUUGCAAAUGUAUUUAAUUUAACUGAACAACAUCAUCAUAUUAAACAUUUUUUAUGUAAACAAAAUGCAAAACCAUGUCUACUAUUAUCACAUUUGAGAGUAUGUCAUAAUUUAAAUAUGAGAUGUGCAAAGAAAAUUGUUAAUGCAAUGAUGUCAUCUUCUUUAUCAACAUCCUCGCGCAAAAAUUCAUUGGCCAAUGAUAUUCGGGAAAUUAUUUUAUUUCAAAAAAAUGAUCAUGUUUUAAAUUCAAAUCCAAAUAUUUAUAAUGAUGAUAGACGUUUUCGACAUUAUUGUCCAUUAACAACUGAUACAACAUAUGAAAAUAAUUUACUCAAUGUACCAUGUACAAAAAUUAGUGAAAAAUUUUUAUUAUUUGCACAUUUACAACAUUAUCAUCAAAUGUCUGGAGAUACCGCUUUAAAAUUAGUUCGUGCUAUUCGUACCGGAACUGAAUCAUCGAUGAUUGAUGAAUUAUGUUUAUCUGAUUCUGUAAAUAAUAAUAAUAAUAAUAAUAAUAAUAAUAAUAACAAUAAUAAAACAAUUAUCGAUAUUAAUAUUGAUGUGGUUGCUUAUAAAUGUUUGUGUCCGUAUUCGUGUGCUGCUACUAAUUGCCUUCCGCCAACAAUAAAAAAUAUCAAAUAUACUCCGUGUGAUCGUAUUUUACCCGUAAAUCUCUAUCGUCAUUUAAGAAAUUAUCAUAAAUUCCAAUUGGCACAAGCAAAAGAGAUAACACGAACGAUUAUGGAAACGAUAAAAAAAGUUAAAAAAGAACCGAAGAAGAAUCAUGUGCGAUCGGUGAAGGAAGAUAAAAGCUUCACAAGUGAAAAUACUUUGUCUCCGCUAGUCAAUUUUGAUUUUAAAAAACUAAAAAAAGAAAUUAAACAAGAAGUAGAAGAAAAUAUGAAUCGACAGAAUACAUCAGAUAUCGACUGGGAUACAUCGUCCGUUUCAAUUGAUAUGAAUAUAGACAUGGACGACGAUGAUGAUGGAUCAUUAUUUUUAUCGUUCGAGCAAGAUUUUAAUGAAUAA